GGGUGGGAGAAGCAAAAUGAUGCCAUGCGAAUCAUCAUGAAUUGCCCGGACGAGCUUGAUGUGAAGGCGAUGUGUGCCUGGGAGAGGCGUGUUGAGUCCGCAGAGGCGCAAUUGGAGUACUGGAAGACGGUCAAAAAAUACAUGGAUGAUGUGGGACCGGUAUUACGCUGCAUCUUCAGUGGGCGUGCCUGGAAGAAGCGCAGUCUCGCCGCCAACGACGAGGUGGGGAGGAUCAACGCUUUAAAUGCUGAUUAUUACAUGCGCGUGGAAGUGGCGGUCGAUUGGGCUGAGACCAAUGCGUCUCACAAGCUCGUGAAAAUUGUCCGCUUGGUGAUUUCGGAAGGGAUUGAGAAAUUUUACAACGGGUAUCUUACCACACACUUCGCGAAUAUAGUAAUGACUCGGGUGUCGGAGGUGAAGUCGUUGUCUGAAAUGAUGAGGAUGAUGUUGCUUUCCAGGAGCGCAUUUGUGCCGGCGUUAUUGGAGAGGGUUGGUAAACUGGCAUUUACUUUUGAGAGCUUUCUGGAGGCGGUAAAAGACAAGUACGUGGAGCUGGUUCCAGGAAGGACGCGAACAACGGCCCUGCGUGCUGAAAGGAAACAUUGUACUGCGCCCCACCAGCGUUGCUGA